GCGGAAGCAGCGGGGGAGUUCGCGGUCGCGGUGUUUGUCGUGACUACCUUGCCGUGUUUCCGAGUGCGUGAGCAGCAGGUGGAGUCGGGCAGGCGAUUCGCAGGUCAUGGCAGAGGACGACGGGCGGCAAGAGGAGGAGGAGGAGGAGGAGGAGGAGGAGAGGAGGAGGAGGAGGAGGAGGAGGAGGAGGAGGAGAGAGGGUGGAGGAGGAGAAUGAGGAGGAGGAAGGAGAGGCAAGAGAGAGCGGUGGGCUCCUUGGGUUAAUGCUUCCAUUCCGCACGCGGGCGGAUGAUCCAUGUGGGCGAAGGUGGUGAAAGUGGGGCAGGAGAGAGCAGAGGGGUGCAGGGGGCAGAGGAAGACGCGGACGAGGAGGGUGGGGGGGAGAAGGCGGAAGCGAGAAGACGGCGGAGUAGAGGCGAUAUGGCGUCCAAUUACCGUAGUGAUGGAGAGAGCGGCGGUCGCUUGGCGGAGGCGAAGGAAACGGACAUUGCCGCCGCGGGUGUCAGUCAGCGGGAACCUCCGACGGUUGCGAUCGCGAUCGCGCCAGAAGCUGCGGAGGUAGCGGCGAAACGAGAGAAGCCUGCGCUAGGGGUCGCGCCCGCCGCCGCCGCCGCCGCCGCAGCAGCAGCAGCAGCAGCAGGAGGAGGAGGAGGAGGAGGAGGAGGAGGAGGAAGGCGAUGUGUACAUGGCGGGCAAACGCGCAACGAUGGGGGGGUCGUCGGGCUGGCGCAACCGUCGGCCCUCUUGCGAGAGGGGGGCGGGGGGGGGAUGGCGGAGGGGGAGGAGGAUUAUGAUGUGGAUAUCUUAGAAUGCUCGACGGAUGGGUUACAGCGCGGUGAUGAUGAGCAGGGGGACGUUGGUGGACGCGUAGUGGGCGGGAAGUGGGAUGAUGAUGACUUUCAAGGGUCGGGAUCUGAGGCGGGCAGCUCGUUUGCGGGCACUUCGUCCGCCCGGAGCGGAGACGAGCGGAAGGACGAUGACGACGAGGAGUGUGAUUGGGCGGAUCGGAAGUCCAUCUGGGAGAGCGAGCGGCAAGGGGUUACUGCUGACGUGGCAGCAGGAGAUGCGAGUACGAGUGGACGAUCCAAAAAAGCUUUGAAUGUGGAAUGGAAGAGCUACCGAAGGGCUAUUGAAUGGCGGUGUAGGUGGCUUGAAUUGAGAAUGAUGCAGAUUCAGAUGCAGGCAGAGAGAUAUGAGAGAGUGUACGAGAGGUUGCGUUCCUCAAAGGCAAGGCAUUGGUGGAGGGGGAGGAGGGGUGGUGAAGAUGAGGAUAUAACAGAUAAUUUGGAUGAAUCUUGGGACGGAGAAGCUGGCUUGAAAGCGGGGGAGACGGGAGGGGGCAUAUCGGCAAGAACGCAUACGCAUUGGGCAAGCAAUUGGGCGAUGAAGAGGGCCAAGGUGCUUCGGAGGAAGAGGAGACGACGGGAUGAAGCGAAGGACAUGGCGGCAUACUUUGCAGUCCAUCCACUGUAUUCUCGUUAUGAGAAAUCGCAUCGCAAGGGGCUUUCCGGUCAGAAGAGAGCAGAAGAGGAUAUGAAUGGUGGGGAAUUCUGUCAUUACCUUUUUUUAAGUUUUUUUCUUUCUUUUGAUGUGCUGUAACUGCUGUUGAUAUUGUGAGGGAGGGAGAGAGGCCUUUGGUGUACGGAUGUGAGAUUGAGUUUGCAACUUUGCAUUGCUUUGAUUG